AUGCAGGAAGUUGAGGAAGAAGCCAUUGGAAAAACUCAUGGGUCAAGUUCCCAGCCUCAGAGUUGCCGCAGAGAUGUCCGACUUUUACGAACACAGCACUUGAUAUGUUUGGGCCAGUUUCUAAUCAACAUCAUGCUCAAACACCCUUUGCUUAUUUCAACUGCGUCGCAUCCCAUUAUCUCAUUUGUCUUGCUAUCAUCAGAUUUGGAAAGUUCUGCCAUUAUUUCUGAUAACAACGAUUAUGAUGCAAUUCUUGCCGCUUCUGGUUAUAUAUGUAAGGAUUYGGGAUUUUUUGAGACCAAAUGCUCCUUUUGUAAACUUGGAACAUACAUUUCCAGUUCUGGUGAUCGAUGUGAAAGCUGCCCUGCAGGUGGAUUUUACCAAAAUGAGAUGUUGUACACUGGUAUCAAGUCACACGGCGUGGGAUGUAAGGAAUGCCCUCAUGGAAAAUACGUUGCACCAGAUAGAGCCCCAGGACGAGCAGAGACAGAUUGUCAGUCAUGCCCAUUAGGAACUGAGUUAAAUACGUUUGCUGGUUUUCGUGCCUGUAGCUGUUUUGACGACUAUUACCGACUCAAUCGCUUUGAAGGCUGUCUUAUCUGCACCAAAGGUUACAUAUGUGUAAAUGAAACAAUAAAUUUGGAAACAGGAUUCUACUGGAAGUGGAGCUCAAAGGACAUAUCGGAGCAAUAUCAAACGUUUUCUGCACAACUGCAAAUUACGGAUAAAGACUACGAUCCCAAUUUCAUAAUGUUCAAAGGCAGCAUUCCUAUAGCCUAUGCUUGUCCUGUUGCCGAGUCCUGUUUGGGUGGUUUACAUUCCCAGUGCAAAGUCGGUUAUGAAGGUCCUCUCUGUGCCAUCUGUGCAGCAGGUUACUUUCCAUUUAUAUCAAAAUGCGAAAAGUGUCCAACCAUUCCCUGGAUUGCAGGACAAAUAAUCCUAAUUGUUGUUGUCUUCAUUCUUCUAUUGUUUGUCAUAUUAGGACACAAGAAAGGCAAAAAUUCACAGGGGAGGACAUUAACUGACAUUAUUCUUGCACGUCUGAAAAUUGUCAUCGGAUUCUAUCAAGUGUCUUCAUCUACCUUUGACUCCUUGUCCUACAUUAGCUUGCCAGGUCCACUUCUUUCGAUCAUGAAGUAUGCCAAGAUGAUUCAGCUUAAUCUCUUACAGAUUCUUCCCCCAAGUUGUGUAUCCAACUCGAUGCAUACAAAUGCAUAUGCUCAGUUUCUCAUCAGCAUCGCCUUCUGUGCUGUAGUGGUUUUGUGUUGUCUCAUCUUUCUAGUUUUGAAGAGAAUUCAAAUAACUCGCAAUAAUACCUUAAGCGUGUCUGCCAAGAAUGACGAGAUGUUCAAUGUCAAAGUACAAAGCUACAAAUGUUUAUUCCUUGUUCUUUUCAUCACCUUUCCGUCGACAUGUUCCCAAAUAUUCAAGAUCUUGCCCGAAUCCUGUCACGAACUGUGUUCCCAUUCCAAUAGCCAGUGCAGGUCGUACCUUCGUGCAGACUAUUCCAUCGAGUGUGAUGAUAAAACUCACAGAAUCUAUGGAACCCUCAGCAGAGUAGCCUUGCUGUACACCUUCAUCUUUCCAUUGCUUUUGCUUGCUAUCCUCAAGCGCGAGAGAGAAGCUCGGAAGAAAGGAAAUCACGAAAGCACCUUUCCCGUUUUGCAAGGAACUAAAUUCUUGUAUGAAAACUACUCGCCAUCUUGUUGGUAUUGGGAGAUCCUUGAAUUAACGAGAAAGAUUUUGGUUUCUCUGUUUUUGAUCCUGUUCCAAGUUGAAAGUCGCAUGGGCUUAGGAGUGACAACCAUCUUAUCCGGAGUCUACGCCGUGGUCUUUGCUUUGUAUAAACCCAUUGAAAAUAAGUUUGAGCAUUGGCUACAAAUGCUUUCUUUGCUAGCGGGUUCUGUGAACGUCACCGUUGGUAUGCUGCUGAAGAUCCCAUUAGAGGAGAAGUCAUCCAGCAUUAACAGCGAAACUGAUGCUCUCAUAAUUACAGUUGUGCUCAUGGCUGCCAACGUUGUAGUCAUUGGGCUUAUUUUAAUCACAUACAUGGCUAAAAUCAUCUCAGCUAUCAACGAACUAAGAAAGACCCCACGAUGCAAUCUUUUGUGCUUUCUGAGUGUCGUGCAGCUUGCAAGCGAUGCUCCAGGCAUUGGAGAGAGUGUGGAUCAAGAUCUUGAUCGAACAGAAAAAAGCCAAGAUGAGAUGUUAACUUGUGAUGUAGAGCGUAUCCAGGAGGUGAACAUGGAUGAAGAAAAUAGUUCAUGGGUUGAUGACAAACUUGGAAACAACCAGAGCGAGUUUGAAAAACCCGAGAAGAUAAAGAUCAAGAAAAAGAUAUAGAUUCAUGGAUUUCUAAGAGCUAAAAGAUUUUGUUACUGCCUCCAAAACUAUAUUCAUGUUUUAUGCUAACGUAUGUUCGCGCGCUUAAAUUCGACAACUUUAAUAUAUUUGCGAAUAAUAACAUAUAAAAUUCUCUUAGGAUUGUGUUAGUUAUGAUAAUUUGAGUUAGUUUAUGUACAAAAACGUGUGCAGAUUAAAUAGAGAAUAUUCAAAAUAAGUUUAAGCAUAAGUGCAUAGCAAAACAGCGUCGCAAAAAUUGUGUUACAAGACCAUCCCUUUCUUCGUUUAUCUUAAUAUUAUAACAUACGUCAUUUAUGGCUGCUUUUGUUCUUUUGUAUGUAUCUUACUGAUGUUAAAGUGCUUAUAAGCCUUAUAGAAUGCCUUCUUGAUUUGAAAGCCAUCAUAGAAUAAAUAAGAAUGGUCUCUACUUUCCUUUUGCCAUCUGUUUUCGUUGCUGAGAUUCAAUAUGAUUCAAAAUAGUAAUUGCAAAAUGAUGACGUCACUUAAGUGACCAAGUGAAAACUCCAAUUAUCAUAUUGAAAAUAUCUCCACGAAAAUUAUUCCAAAAUGGCGCUGACCCGUGUGGCAGCAGUAUUCGGUAACGCAACUCUAAAAAACACAGCUCAGCAUUAAUUCAGUAACUCAUAAAAGGCUAACAACAUCGUUAAAAAGGGAAAAAUUAGAUAAAUCCACAUUAUUUAAUGAUAAUUCUUAGACUUUACAGCACAACUAUUCUCUUAAUCGUAAAAAAAUAUGCAUAUAUUAUAAGUUGAAGCGGAGCUCUCCUCCUCUCGACGGUUGGACGUCGACUGAAUGAAUUUAUAUUUUUACCCUUGAUGCACUGCAAACGAGUGUACAUCUUACUGUGUAGAACGAUCGUAACUGAAUUAGCAACAUCAACUGUCUUUUUAGUGUUCUCAUUUAGCGAAAUGUCAGGUAAUGCAAACAUGAUAUCCCCUCUUGGUGAAUAUACUCUUCACUUGUUAUCAAUUCAACCCGUUCUCGUUAAACAUCUUCCGACAAUUUGUCUAAAAUAUUAAUAUAUUUUUAUUUAACUUGCCAUCACCUUUUACUGAAAGGCCUGCAAUAAACACAGCAACAAUGGGAUUUUGUAGCUAUACGUUAUGUAGCUAAAUACUUAAAAGCGCUUUUUUUUUAAAUUUAAAGACAUUGAUGAAUUAAGUUGGUGGCAAUUUUUCUGUUUAACCUUUUUUGCAAUCUUUAAAUAUUUUCGAAACAACAUUUGGCGGUCUCUGUGAUUUGAUAAUGACGACGA